UCUUGGCAAUGUUGUAAAGCGGACGCGAUUACAACCACCUCGGGGGAAUUUUUGAAAACAAACAAUCAAACAAAACAAACAAGAGAUUAUCCUCUGAUCAGCCAGCCCCAAUCGACGUGACGUCAUCGUUGUUCUGAUUGUUUUUCUUCUGGGUCACGAACGCACGCACGCACGCACGCCUACGACAUGCCUGCGAACGCCGCCAUCGGUGGGCCCGAGAACCCGCACGCCCCCCGCCGCCCCGUCGACAUCAACGUGAUGAAGCGCAACAUGACGAUCGCCAAGGGCUUCCUGGACAUCAGCCUCCUGUCGGCCAACGCCAACCAGCUCAAGAACAUCCUCAACUUCGGGGACGACGAGAAGGCCUCCUAUUACAUCGUGCUGUCGGGCAUCAUCACCAGCCUCAUCUUCCAGCUGCUGGCGGGCGUGCUCCUCAUCAUCCACGAGCGCUUCGACAUGAACGACGACAAGGAAAGCCACUCGGGCGACUACUUCAACAACCUCAUCGUCGCCCUCAUCUUCGCCGUCCUCAUCAUCAACGUGUUCGUGGCGAGUUUCGGCGUGGACAUCGCUCGCCCUCGGGGUCACAUCGCCACGCCUCCGUCAGCUUACCCUACGCUGGACUACGGCGGGAAAGGCUACUGACGGCGCCUGCUGAGGGGGCGCUCUCGGUCCGCUAGCGGGAUUUUUUUUAUUUGUUUAUUUAUUUUUGAUUAUUGAUUGUUGUUGUUGGUAUCAUUGUUAGUAUUAUUGUUAUUAUCAUUAUUUUUUAUUGCUAUUAUUAUCAUUAUUAUUAUCAUUUUUAUUGCUAUUAUUAUCAUUAUUAUCAUUAUUUAUUAUUAUUACUAUUAUCAUUUUGUGUGUGUUUUUCUUUCUUUUUUUCUUCCUUUUUUUGAGGUGGUCGAAAUUCGCGGUUGUUUUAGCAUGUACAAUUUCUGCUUCUUCGUCUUUAUUAUCUCUCUCGUUCUCCUCCUCCUUUGCCUUUUUCUUAUCCGCAUUUUCGAUCUUCUUUUUCUUCUAUUUCUUCUCCUCCUUCUACUUUUCCUUUCCUUCCUAUUUCUUCUUCUCCGUUCUCCCUCUCUCCUUCUUUAUCUCAUCCUCCUUCCUCUUCGCUUUAUCAUCAUCCUUUUCAGAUGCUUCCUAUAUAUAUUGCAGAUACGUUUACCUCUUCCGUGGUGACUUAAAGACAAGCUAUUAUUUUGUAUCAUAAUAUGUGUUGUCGUUAGUAUUACUAUUUAUAUUAUUAUUUUGUAUUUUCAUUUGCAUUAUUAUGUUUAUUAUCAUUUUGUAUUGCCUUUUGUAUUAUUAUUUAUCUUAUCAUUUUGUAUUUUCAUUUGCAUUAUUAUGUUUAUUAUCAUUUUGUAUUGUCAUUUGUACUAUUUUUGUAUCACUAUGUAUCCUUUACGUUUUAUUUUUGGGAUUAAUAUGUAUUUUUAUGCUAGUUUAAGCACUCAAAAAGGCAUUUUUAGGAAUUAUGGAAUGCGAACGUAUGAAUCUGUCCUUCCAAAAAGCCAAAAAGUACAAAAUAUUUAAUGAUAAUGUGUAUUUAUUUACGAAACGGGAAAAUAUUCACCGUUGCAAAAAGUUAGAGAAUUAGAUACACGCCAAAAGGAUAUUUUUCUGUUUAACAUUAGUAAAAAAAAAGAAUUGUGUAGUUUAAGUAUUAUGACGUAGAUAUUAAGAGAAGGACAUAUGUAUUUAAAUCAAAGGGUAUUUAUUUUCCACUUUUUUAUAUGUUUUAAGUACUUUAUUGAAGAGGAAUAAACAUUUAAGUAUGAAA